AUGUCAUCCACACCCACUUUUAAGGGAACCAUUAGCCACAAGACUGUCGGUAGAGGCAGGCUGCCCGACUUUGACAGUCACAUUCCACGUCCUCGCCCAGAGACUUCCUCUACAACUCAUACCCCCCAGACCGCGUCCAGCGACAUUGGCAGUUCCACCAUGAGUGCCGCCAGCAGCCGUCAGAGGCAAAACCAGUCCAAGCGCGAUGAGGCUAUCCGACGAAAAUUGGAGGCCGACCUCAACAAGAAGAGACAUGCCCCGGCACGAGCAAACCGCUCCCGCAAAGCUCCCCCCGGUACCGUCCUCGCAUUGAAACCUAGUCAAGCCCUCCAGAUCAAGCCGAACACCUCCAUCGCCGAAGCCGCCCAGUUGAUGGCCGCGAAGAGAGAAGACUGCGUGCUUGUGACUGACGAUGAUGACCGGAUUGCUGGUAUCUUCACGGCUAAGGACCUCGCGUUCCGCGUGGUCGGCACUGGCCUGAAGGCGCGGGAAAUCACCGUGUCUGAGAUUAUGACCAAGAACCCUCUGUGCGCGAGAACCGAUACCAGUGCCACCGACGCUCUUGACCUCAUGGUCCGGAAAGGAUUCAGACACUUGCCGGUUAUGGACGAGAACCAGGAUAUCUCGGGUGUUCUCGAUAUCACGAAGUGCUUCUACGAUGCGAUGGAGAAGUUGGAACGUGCAUACAGUUCGUCGCGCAAGCUCUACGAUGCAUUGGAGGGUGUGCAGACGGAACUCGGCUCCAGUCAGCCCCAGCAGAUCAUCCAGUAUGUCGAAGCGCUACGACACAAGAUGUCCGGCCCCACGCUGGAGACCGUCUUGGACGGCAUGCCCCCAACCACUGUCUCCGUCCGCACCACGGUCAAGGAUGCCGCAGCUCUGAUGAGGGAACACCACACCACUGCCCUGCUCGUACAGGAUCAGGGCUCCAUCACGGGUAUCUUCACCAGCAAGGACAUUGUGCUGCGUGUCAUUGCUCCCGGUCUUGACCCGUCUACCUGCAGCGUCGUCCGCGUGAUGACCCCUCACCCCGAUUUCGCCCCCAGCGACAUGAGUAUCCAGGCUGCACUCCGCAAGAUGCACGAUGGACAUUACCUCAACCUGCCCGUCAUGAACGAUGCGGGUGAGAUUGUGGGAAUGGUGGAUGUGCUGAAGCUUACGUACGCUACGUUGGAACAGAUCAACACCAUGCAGUCGCAUGAUGAUGAGGGCCCGGCCUGGAACAAGUUUUGGCUGUCGAUGGAUCACGAGUCCGAUUCCAUGGUCUCGGGGAGCCAGCAGCCCGCGCAGCGGUCAGUACUCAGCCCUGAGUCUCCGAAGGCUAGUUAUGACGCCCGAGACAGCGUUCUCCCCAACGAAUCUGCUUCUCACCAUGGCGGCGACGAGCACUCUGAAUUCCACGUGGACCCGCACCACGGAGAGCACGUCCCCUUCCCGUUCAAGUUCAAGGCUCCUAGCGGCCGUGUGCACCGUGUUAACGUGUUCCCCUCUGCUGGCAUUGCUGAGCUGGUUGCUCAAGUGUCGGCCAAGCUGGGCCCUGAGGCGGAUGCCGUGGGUGGCGUUCCCAGCUGUGACGAGGGCAAACUGAGCAACACGGGCUACGCUCUGAGCUACCUGGACAACGAGGGCGACACCGUGUCGAUCACCACCGACCAAGAUCUGGCAGAUGCCGUCAGCCUUGCCCGUCAAUCGCACCGCGAUAAGGUCGAUCUCUUCGUCCACGACCCUACGCAGCCUCCUAUUCCUGCUACCGUUGAACCCCAGCCGGUGCCAGCCCGGCCCAUCGAGGAGAAGAGUCCCAUUUCCGAAGACCGGUCCGAGGAAGAGUCCCUGGUGGCGAAGCCCCGGGCUCAGUCCUUCCCCGUACACCAGCCCGAAGAGCAGUUUAUCGCCGGAGUGCCCAACGACCUGCUGCUUCCGGGUGCGAUUGUGACCCUGGCGGCCGUCAUUGCGGGAGUGUUCAUUCUGAGCCGGGCCACUUCCCGGUAA